AUAUAUACACAUUUUUUUUUUUCCUACGUCUAUUUCUCUAUAUUCAACCAAAUCUCUCUGUCUCGCUCUCUCUCUCUCUCUGUCUCAAACUCCAAUGGCUCACCAGGAAGAAGGAUGGCCAUUGGGCCUGAGACCUGUAAAUGCAAGAAUCGGAGGACUCACAAGAGGCACUCAUCAUCAUCAUCAUCAUGAGCAAGUAUCUGCUGGUUCCAUCUCCUUCAGCUCUCUUCUCUCUCCUUCUCCCUCCUCUCACUCUUCCUCCGAUCUUGAUUCACAGUCGAUGGGGUCAUUUUUCCGCGAUAGGAGCUACACACUAGGAAAUCUAAUCGGGAUAUCAAGCUUUCUUGAACUUUCGAGAAGAUCAAACAGAACAAGGAUUGAUCAAACAGCUGCUAGAAACCAUCAACACCAGAGGAAUCUAAAAACUUACAAGCCAUGGAUUUUCUCUAUAUGUUCAAAACUAAGCACAAAUGCCACUGUCAUUUCCCAUAAUAGGAUUACAAAUGAAGAGAGUCGUAACAAUGUGCAGUCUCUCGGACAUUUCCUCAUGGUGGAGAGACGAGCCGUGGGAUCAACCACACGGUCCACACCGACAAUGUGAAUGAUAAUGUGAUGUGUGAUAUGAUUUCUCAUUUGCUCAUGGUCUAACGUAACAGAUUUUGGUUUUCUUUUGUAUGCGAGUUUGUUUGUCUUAUUUGGGAGGUUGAAAUGAUUUUUUUCUUGAAUGAGUUGUAUCAUUAUGCAUGUGAUAUGAAUACUUGCGUAGGUAAGGUUAUAUGAAUAACAUUUUCUAUAUUAUGAUCUCGGGAAA